UACAUGCACGAGAAAAGAGUUCGCCGCCGCACAUGAAGAACUCUGAUUGGUCAAUUGUUCCCUUCCGGGAAGUCCUUGCGAUGUGUAUACAUAGCAGCCAUGGCCAAAUUUAAUCCAACACUUUUACUUGAGUAAAAAAUACAAAUUCAAAAUCUGAUGUCGAAAGGAGCGAGGGUGGUGGUCAGAGAUGAUGAACUCGUACUUUGAUCAGUCUGGCUUUUACAAUAGUCAAGGUGCAGCGGAACAACCCUACCGUUUCCCGCAAGGACUCCUUGUUCCGCCGUAUCCGCAACCUAGCGCCGCCGCCCGGGCAGCGCACGAUCCUGGCUUCGUCGACACCACUGGAACUUCAGCACCCUCCUGUAAACUGUACACCGCAGUAAGUCCAGAUCCAACCGUAGCUUUCAAACCCGAGUGUUUGGUGAAGGAGCAGAAUGGGUUCAAUAUGGCUGUAAAAGACAUGUCCACCUGGCCACCAGGAGCACUGACCGGUGUCCGAGCUGCAGCAAUGAGCAACGAUACCGUGAGGCCUUUCCCUGGAGAUAGCGGUGCUUCUCCUCGUGUGUCAGACGCAUGGACAGCUUGCUACCAAAACACCAGUGCCAUGUCUCAGGCCAACGCUUUCUACCCUUGGAUGGCGAUGGCAGGCCACCCAAUGACAGAGAGUGUAACAAACUUUCGGGAAAUAUACCAGAGACUAGUUGAAGGUGCCAAUGGACUUCGUCGUAGAGGUCGGCAAACUUACACCCGUUACCAAACUUUGGAGCUAGAAAAGGAGUUCCAUACUAACCACUACCUUACUCGGCGUCGAAGGAUUGAAAUGGCCCAUGCUCUGUGUCUUACCGAGCGGCAAAUCAAGAUCUGGUUCCAGAAUAGAAGGAUGAAACUGAAGAAGGAAAUCCAAGCAAUAAAAGAGCUGAAUGAACAAGAACGACAAACACAGAUAAGUAAGAACCAAUCCCAACCGAACACACAGCAGUCUCAACAACCGUCAAGUUCAUCUCCUUCAGAAGCAACGGGGUGCAGCUCCUCACCAGGAAAAACGUAAGAUUUUUCCAAUUCUGUUGAUUCCUCCUGCAUGAGGGUCUUCGGGCGGAUACGUGGAGAUUCCAUGUUUGGUCUUACUUAACUUCGUUACUUUAAGGUGCACGAUAUUGAUGAAAUCAGAAUUAAAACCAGUUAGAUUUACAAUUUCAAGAAAAAAAAAAAAACAAUCGUGAAACCGACAUUAAAAACAAAAUACACUAAUUUCGUUUGAGGAUCACAUGAAAGUUGUUUCAGUUGAACUAGUUUUCCAGAUCCCCGAUAAAAAAAAAGCAUUAAAAUUACUAACACUUUAUUUGUACCAAACUGACAUAAAUGGUGUACAACACCCAUCAUGAUGGAAUGCUUGAACUUCGCCCAAGAAGGGUGAUACGACUGAGAUUUCAGCUAAAAGUAUACGUACCUAAGGCGGGUUCUAUAAUAUUUACUGUUCUGUUGUAGAAAGCGUUUUUAUUUUAUCCCCGUUUUUCAAAACGUGUUGUAAACAAUGCUGUGAAUGUAUUUGUUAGGGUUAGUUGUUCUAUGUUUUGUAUUCAUGAUUUAUGACGAUGUAUUUCCCAUCAUUAGAAACAUGUAUAAGAAAAAAGUUGAUAUUUUUUUGGUGGUAGAGCAGAAUGUUUCAACCAGGUUACGGAAAAAAGUAGACGGUCAGUAAUUUCACCCCCCAGCUACUUUUUUCUUCUCUGCUGAUUUGUUUGAAAAUACGUUUCCUUCCUGUAAGUAUUUAUAAGUAUUAACUCAUAAAAUCAUUGACUUUCUUGUGGAUUAGAAAAUGAGCAAGCCUUAGGCAUCUUUGAUAUACGUAAACAAAACUGUAUCCAAAACGGGAAGUCAAGAAAAUUUUCAGUAGCCCGUCUUCUUGUUAAGCCUAAACAGAGAAAAUGUUCUCUCUAACGUAGUACGAAGUAUCCUUCUGAUGUACGAAUUUUAUAAGGCAGCUUGUACAGUAGCGUACCAUUUUCAGUUUCACGUCAAAAGCUGAACCAUUCCAUAAAAAGUUGGCCAUGGAUUUUAUUAGAACCGUUUUUAUUUCGGUUGUUACCAACGCUACAAGUAAUCAUUUUAAUAGAUAUAAGAUUUCAAACAAAGUAGAUUCGAAUGAAUUUUUUGGAAUGUGAUAACAGUAACCAAACUGGUUAUGAAUCACACGUAACAUAAGAACAACAAACAAACUAUUUUCUCUAUUUCUUGUGUUCUCCCUUUAGAAGUAGACUUCUACUACCUGAUAUAUAUAUCAUACCCUACAACAGCGGUUUAUUUCUCUCGCCCUCGUUGUAAUUGUUGCUGUUUAUGUAAGUAUAUGUUGUGAUAUGUGAUGGGAAAAUAUAGAAAAAAAUAUUUGUCUUCA